AUCAUGAAAAAACAAGCAUUUUCGUUGCAUAAUAAGAUUGAGGUUAGAAUUGUUUCCUCGCGUUAUCCUCUCUAAAAAUAUUAAAUAUCCUAAAAUUAAAAGCAGCAAUUUAUGAAAUUUGUGUUAUAAAUGGCAAGCGGAAGCGUGGACAACGUAGGGAUGCAGUUGGAAGAAGAAAAUCCUGAUAAUCACAACCAGCCGACGACGUUUUUGGAUCUUCCGCUAGUUUACGUGAUGCCCAUAAUUGCCCAAUAUCUCCGGCCCAAGGAAUUGUUUGCCCUCCGAUGCGUCUCUCAAUACUGCAAACAGGUCGUGGAUGAUGUUGGAUUUGCAGCUCUUGGGAUUGUUGAUUUGACAGAUUCUGGUUGUGGUUGGAGGAAUUCGAGAUAUAACAACAUGCGGGAGGAGAUCGUUGAUGCCAGAACUGCGAUGAAGAAACGCAUCAUGCAGAAAUGCCGCAAAGCCUGGAAGCUCAAAAUUGAUGAAAGAUGGCUAACCGAUUACUUGAUACACGAUUUUCUCAGGAACAACCCCUCCCUGGAGGCAUUGCAUCUCGUCCAUUGUUCCCCAAUCUCGAAUGAAGCUCUCCAGCCCCUGCUGAACUGCAAGAAUUUUAGUGUUCUGAAAGUGCCGGACACACAAUGUGGCGACGAUGAGUUCCUUCGAAGCCUUGGCCAGCACAACAAACAACUACUGGAGCUUGAUUUGGAAGACAGCAAUGUCCGGACGUUCUACUCUCCUACAGCUAUCAAGAAUUUCGUAUCCAAACAACCGCAUUUGAGGUACAUUUGCUUGCCGUACAUCGAUGAUUUUGAUAUAAAUCACAAAAUUAUAGAAAUUAUUGUGGAAAUUUGCAAAGACUUGGAAUCCAUCAAGCUUGCUGGUUGGCGUUCAGGUGAUGAUCGCCCAUUGCUUUGGCUGGCGGAGAGUUGCAAGAAGCUGAAGGAGAUCAGCCUAGGAGACCUGAAUUGGAGGGAAAAUCGAGAAAUUGUCGUCUAUAUGACUGCUAAGGGCAUAAACUUUCACUGGGGUACCGGCUCCAAUUGCUAUGUGGAUAUUGAGGGAUAUAUUUUUCACGAUAACAGCGGUGAUGAUGAUUCUGGUAGCGAGGAAGACGAAGUCGGCAUCCUCCGUGUGCUAAAUCACUUGCAUUAAUUAAUUACGUCUAAAAUAAUUUCUAAAUCCUAAUUACUUUUAUUCUUACUUUCAAGUAAUUUUAUUGGCCUAAUUUAAUUUUGCUAGCCUGCAAUUUCUUUAGAGAAAAAGGAGAACUGAAAAGGAUAAAUUCUUAUGCCCAUUUUGAAAUAAAUUCUUCCGGAAAUAUACAA